GUCAGUCAGUUAGUGGCCCCGGUUCGCUGCGCCUGCGUCCGCCUCCACAGCUCUCCAAAAGCCGAGACGCGCCAUCGCCGCCGCCAAUGCGGGCAUGACAUACUGGCAGCUGUAGUGGGCUUCCGUCAGCCCGCUUUUAAGCAGAUUACAGAAGGAGAAGAAGAGGAAUAAGAGUAGAAGAGAGUGAAGUGACUCAUUUUCUACCCCUGCCGUGCGUCGAGAAGAGUAGAUGAGUCAAUGGCAGGGGCACAGCCUGGAGUUCAUGCGCUGCAGCUCAAGCCAGUGUCCGUGCCCGAGAGCCUCAAAAGGGGCAACAAAUUUAUGAAAUGGGAUGAUGAUUCUACCACUGUGACCCCGGUGACUCUAACGGUCGACCCCAAAGGUUACUUCUUGUAUUGGACCGACCAGAACAAGGACACAGAUCUGCUGGAUAUAGCGUACAUAAAAGAUGCCAGAAAUGGAAAGUGCACCAAAUCACCAAAGGAAGCCAAGCUGCGUGAGCUACUGGAUGUCAGCACACUGGCGGGGAAGAUGGAGAACAGGAUGCUGACGGUGGUGAGCGGCCCAGACAUGGUCAACAUCACCUACCUGAACUUCAUGGCCUUCCAGGAGGAGACGGCCAAGGAAUGGGCGGAAGAGCUGUUCAACCUGGCCUCUAACCUCUUGGUGCAGAACAUGUCCAGAGAGGACUGCCUUGAGAAAGUAUACACUCGGCUGAAGCUGCAGCUCAACCCUGAGGGGCGAAUCCCCGUCAAGAAUAUCUUCAGGCUGUUCUCAUCAGACAGGAAGCGAGUGGAGACGGCCCUGGAAAACUGUAACCUCCCUUCUGGCAGAAAUGAUUCCAUCCCCCAGGAGGAUUUCACUCCAGAGGUCUACAACAUGUUCCUGAGCAACAUCUGCCCUCGAUCUGAGCUGGACCACAUCUUCUCUGAUGUGGGGGCUAAGAGUCGUCCGUACCUCUCUGUGGAGCAGAUAACAGAGUUUAUUAACAGUAAACAGCGAGACCCUCGUCUGAACGAGAUACUCUACCCUCCUCUCAAACCGGAACAGGUCCAGCUGCUGGUGGACAAAUAUGAACCCAAUGCUUCGCUGGCACAGAAAGGUCAGAUCUCAUUGGAGGGCUUUGCCAGGUAUCUAAGUGGGGAGGAGAACACCAUCAUCCCCCCUGAGAAGCUGGACCAGAGUGAAGACAUGACCCUUCCCCUCUCCCACUAUUUCAUCAACUCCUCACACAACACAUACCUCACAGCCGGCCAGCUCGCAGGGAACUCGUCAGUCGAGAUGUACAAACAGGUUCUCCUGUCAGGGUGCCGCUGCAUCGAACUGGACUGCUGGAAGGGUCGCACCACAGAAGAAGAGCCCGUCAUCACUCACGGCUUCACCAUGACAACUGAAAUCUCCUUCAAGGAGGUGAUCGAGGCCAUAGCAGAGUGUGCCUUCAAGACCUCGCCCUUCCCCAUCAUCCUGUCUUUUGAGAACCACGUGGACUCACCGAAGCAGCAGGCUAAGAUGGCUGAAUACUGCCGGUCAAUAUUUGGAGACGCAUUACUGACAGACCCUCUGGAGAAAUAUCCUCUGGAGUCCGGUGUGCCGCUGCCGAGCCCGAUGGAGCUGAUGGGCAAGAUCCUGGUGAAGAACAAGAAGAAGCACCACAAGACAGAUGGGAGCACCAAGAAGAAACUGUCAGAGCAGGUUUCCAACACCUACAGCGAUUCUUCCAGUGUGUGUGAGCCCUCCUCGCCCAGUGCAGGUUCGACCAAAGAAGAGAUGGCAGAUUCCUCACAGCCUUCAGAGGGUGCCGAGCUCAGCCUGAGGCCGCACGGCAGAAAAUCUAUCGGUGAGGUGGAGGCAGAGAGUGAGGAUGAAGACGACGACGACGACGACUGUAAAAAAGGCUCGAUGGAUGAGGGUACGGCAGGCAGUGAGGCCUUUGCCACAGAGGAAAUGUCCAACCUGGUCAUCUACAUCCAGCCAGUCAAGUUUAACAGCUUCGAGGCUUCCAAAAAGAUCAACCGCAGUUACCAGAUGUCGUCCUUCGUAGAGACCAAAGCUUUGGAGCAACUGACCAAAUCUCCUGUAGAGUUUGUGGAAUACAACAAACUGCAGCUGAGCAGGAUCUACCCUAAAGGCACCAGAGUGGAUUCAUCCAACUACAACCCUCAGCUCUUCUGGAACGCCGGCUGUCAGCUGGUGGCUCUCAACUUCCAAACAAUUGAUUUGUCCAUGCAGUUGAACCUGGGCAUGUACGAGUACAACGGGAAAUGUGGCUUCAGACUCAAACCGGAGUUUAUGAGGCGGCCGGACAAACACUUUGACCCUUUCACUGAAAGCACAGUGGAUGGGAUAGUUGCCAACACGCUGUCUGUAAAGAUCAUCUCAGGCCAGUUUCUGUCAGAUAAGAAAGUAGGCACGUACGUUGAGAUCGACAUGUUCGGCUUACCGGUGGACACCAAGAGGAAAGCGUUCAAGACCAAGACAUCUCAAGGCAACGCUAUCAACCCAGUCUGGGAAGAGGAGGCCAUUGUUUUCAAGAAGGUUGUUCUGCCCACACUGGCUUCAAUAAGGAUAGCCGUGUUUGAAGAAGGAGGGAAGUUCAUCGGCCACCGAAUCAUUCCAGUGUCAGCCAUCCGUCCAGGCUAUCGCUACAUCAGUCUAAGGAACGAGAAGAACCAGUCCCUGACUCUGCCUGCUCUGUUUGUGUAUGUAGAAGUGAAGGACUAUGUCCCAGACACAUUUGCAGACGUCAUCGAAGCCUUGUCCAAUCCCAUCCGCUAUGUCAACCUGAUGGAGCAGAGAGCCAAUCAGCUGGCUGCUCUCACUUUGGAGGAGGGAGGAGAGGAGGAGGGCGACAAAGAGGUGGAGGCAGGAAGUGAUGCCCCCUCAGAGUCUAAGGUGGACCAGAGGGUGACGUUGCCUGCAGAGAACGGACUGAGCCACACACCCAUCAUCGCCCCAAAACCCCCUUCACUGGUCGGCCACCAGCCCCAGUCUGCAGGUUCAUUGAAACCAUCAGUGAAGACUGAAGACAUCAUUCAGAGUGUCCUCACUGAGUUAGAGGCUCAGACUCUGGAGGAGUUGAAGCAGCAGAAGGGUUUUGUUCGAGAGCAGAGGAAGCAGUACAAGGAGAUGAAGGAGCUGGUCCGGAAACAUCACCGCAAAACCAGCGAGCUGAUCAAAGAGCACACGGCCCGUGUGUCCGAGCUACAGAGCCAGCACCAGCGGCGGCGCUCUGCCCUGCAGAAGAGCCACAAACGAGAUGGUAAGAAAAGUCGGUCCGAGCACUCUCUGUCGACCCUGGACCAGGACCUGGGUGAUCUGGAUCAGGAGUGCAGCCAGAGGCUUGCAGAGCUGAAGGAGCAGCAGCAGCAACAGCUCCUCACACUUCGCCAGGAGCAGUACUACAGCGAGAAGUACCAGAAACGAGAGCACAUCAAGCAGCUGGUUGAGAAGCUGACCACGAUCGCAGAGGAGUGCCAGAGUGCUCAGCUCAAAAAGCUCAGAGACAUCUGUGAGAAAGAAAAGAAGGAUCUGAAGAAGAAAAUGGACAAGAAAAGACAAGAGAAGAUCAAUGAAGCCAAAUCUAAAGACAAGAACAUGACAGAGGAAGAGAAGCUGGAGAUCAACAGAUCGUUUGUCAACGAAGUGGUGCAGUACAUUAAACGGUUGGAAGACGCACAGAGUAAAAGGCAGGAGAGACUACUGGAGAAGCACAAGGACAUCCGCCAGCAGAUCGUGGACGAAAGGCCAAAGCUCCAGAGCGAUCUGGACCAGGAGUACCAGGACAAGUUUCGCCGGCUCCCCGUGGAGAUCCAAGAGUUUGUUCAGGACAGCAGCAAGGCCAAGCUUAGCGACGACUGCGUCCACGGAAAUCUUGUCGCCUCCUCGACAAUAGAGAAGCUCAACCACAAGGCGUCGCAGUCGGAGGACGACACAGAGGAGGGCUCGUCGGACCGAGUCUACGACACGCCCCUUUAGAGAUUGAACCUCGGCGCUUUGCUUCACACUGGGACACAGAUUGGUGGAUGUGUUUGUGACCACAGAUCUAGGAUGAGACUGCCCCAACUUUGGUCCUAAUUGUAACCAAUGGGAGGAUUAGAUCAAAUCUGAGCCUGAAUUGGUGAGUAGAGGUCCUCUCUGCGUAGAGUGCAGUCUUGUCCAGAAACCCGUUUCAUGUAAAUAGUACCUUUUUGUGUAUUUAUAUGUUUCCUUUAUGUUGUCGUCUCUUUCGGUACGGCCACAGGAUGUGUUACAAAGCACUAACUAUUUGCAGGAAAUAACUUACUUGAACUAUUGCACAGAAAGGGUAGUUUCUUUUUAUUAUUUUUUAUUAUCAUGAUAUUGACAGUAGUGUGGUGGUUAGUGAGGUGUCUGAAGAGUUUGAAUUCACUUACAGUGGACACUGUCUUUUAAGUGGAGUCAACUUGUACUGUAAAGAAACCACUGCAUAUUCAGCCUUUAAAGCUUCCAUCUUUAUAAGAUUUAGAUUCACCCGUACUUAUUUGCACUGAAGGCUCCCUAUGUAACUCUGUAACUCUUUUACUUUAACCCAGAGGCACUGGUGGCUUGCUGGUUCUCGAUUUUGUUCUCACAGAACUAAGCCUAUGUGUUGCUGCUAUUUUGUUUCAUCAUUUUUUUAACCAUUAUUUGGUUUGUAUGAUAUUUGGCAUGGUAAUAUAAUGCAGUCAUUCUUUUUUUGGCUAGUUUUUAACAAGUUUUGCAUUGUUUGUGGGCAGUUCUGCCCCCGAGAAAGGAAGUGAAGAGAGUGCGUUGUACAGUAUCUGCAUGUAUUUGAACAACUGUAAACGUUACAGUAGCUCUGUAGCAGAGAUGUUUAUUAAAUGUAAAUCUAUUUUCUCUGAGACACUUAAAGUAAACCUGCAAAACAAUGCGGACCCAGUGCGGCUUGAUACAUCCCUGUGGCGUCAGCUGGACGCAACUAAAAUCAGCAACGACACACCCUUUUGUUAGAUCCAACAGUGGCUGGCUCGAGUUAACAGGUUGUAGUGUUUACCUUCGUCCCCUUGAACUAAAACAGUCAAACCAGGAUAUUCAAACAAAAGAGGAUCCUGAUGUAGUUUUAUAGAAGUUGCCUUCCUCUGAACUGGUUCAUUGUGUACCUACACUGGGACGUGUGUUCAGUUCCCCAGUACACAGAGCAGAUUAACGGGACCACAGGAAGUAUGUUGCCCACUGGUAUUAUUCUCAAUGUUCACCCACAGUCAGUAGCUGUAGUUUGAAGAGAGGAAAAUAGUUCAGUUAGGUUUAACAGGCCCCCAGGGUUCCCACAGGUCCUUGAAAUCCAUGAGAAUUAGUGAAUUUGAGGGUAAAAAAUGCCCUUGAAAGUUUUUGAAAAUAGACAUGGCUCACUGAAAGUGCUUUAAUUUAUGUUUUUUUGUGCAAGAAUAGAAAUUGUUUGUUUUUUUACUUAAGGUUAGUAAUAGAGCAGUCCCAAAUGCUUUGCACCAUCAAAGCUUCAAUCGUUGCCAUGUUAUCCGAAUGCUUCGAUUUUUGUUUUUUUAUCACUAACAUGGUGGAGGGAAUUGAAAGGAGGUGGCAAGCGUGAGACAUGAAAGAGGCCAGUGCUCUCAGCACAGUCAUCGACCCCUGCUUCAAGCAUUAAAUUGGCAGUCCGACUAGGAAAAGGAAAAUGUGAGACAGCUUGCAGAUUGGUAUUGCAGACAGCCAACUGUGGCUACAGGAACGCUGCUUGUAAUAGUCAACCUUCCACCCAAACCCAGGCCCCCAGGAACACUGCUUAGCUUUGCUUCCAAUCUUUCCCGGUGGCUACUCAUGGUAUUGCAACGAAGAAAAGAAAAAAAAAUCCCUGCGCUGCUGCCCAAAAAGCAUUUUCCUCAUUGACCAACACGAGAGACAUCUGUGAAACUGCUGACAGGACACCUCGAACUGCAAACAAGGUCAAUUAUGACUCUAUCUGAGAAAUUUUAAACCACAGAGGUUUUAUAUUUGUGAUCAUUUCCAGGAGCCAAGAAAAGUCAUUUAAAAAUCUGUAACACCAUCACAGUGUAAAAUCUAUGAGCAAGCUAGAAACUCAAUUGGCGUAUGUGGCAAUUGAGCACUUCUCAUUGGACUGAACUGGCACCAUCUUGGGGCCUGGUAUCUGUCUGUUUCCAUUACACUUUGGGUGCUUUCACACCUGCCCUGUUUGGUUCGGUUCAAUCAAACUCAAGUUUGUUUGCCGCCUAAGUGUGGUUUGUCUGAGCAGGUGUGCAGUCACACUCAGGUGUGCACCAAAACAUUGGACCGAGACCUUCUUGAAGAGGUGGUCUCAGUUCAGAUACAAACAAACUCUGGUGCUGUUUGUUUGUGGUGAGAACCUGUUCUGACCUGGAUGUGAACCAACUGCAGUCACAUUGUUUGGGUUAAAUAAGCAUGAGCAUGUUACAGAAAAUGUAGCAUAUACUGUAUCUUGUAAGUGUACUCUUCUUCAACGUUUGCUUUACUUCCUGGAUUUUUCCCACACGGAAAUUCUGACCAAUCAAGAGCAGCUUUCUCACACAAGGCAUUUGAUCUGGUCCCGUUUUUUAAUGCUGCCUUAAGAACACGAACCAACUCUAGGCAAUUAUGCAACUUUGUACCAAAAUGAGUCCCUGAUUCAGACCAAAUCAACAAACAACUCCUUCUUACUUUUUUAUAAAUACAUCAACUUUUUCACCUCCACCUUGUUUAAAAACUUUUUUGGCAAUAUGUUGAGAUUAUUUCAAAUUUUUGGCGUUUCCACUUUUUUUAUGCACAAAUUGAAAAUUCAUAUAAAACAAGGUGGAUGGAAAUGCAGCUAUUGUUUAAUUCUUGUCUGUGAGCUUUUGUCCAGCCUGCUAAUUCUCAGUGUGGUCCAGUUAUUAACCUUAAUCUGUGUCUGAAAGGAUGCCAAGUUGUGUCCUUGAGUUUGAGGGAAUCAGGCCAGGGAAAUCUUUAAAAAGUCCUGGAAUUUGAAGUCUAAGAAGGUGUGGGAACCCUGGACCUUAAACGCUCAGUCUAAAUCUGUGAAACACCAGCGUUAACAUGAUCUAAUGACGAACUGGACUAUUUCCUCUUUAACUGAGAAACUGUGUCCAUUCAGUAACCGUGAGGAAGUGUUUUUGACUUCCUAACUGUCCAGUGCCAUUUAACUCACGGGUCGUUUGAUAUCAAAUCAUUUUAGCUGGGAAAAAAAAAAAAGUUGAAAAAGUGAAGGAUUACCUGACAUGUAAGUACAAACUACUUUUUAAAAAGAUGAUAUUGAUGUGAGAGUCCUGUGCCUUUGAAUAGGUUUGCCUUGUUUGAUGUUGAAUGUGUGAAAUGCAUCAUUGUUUAAAUUGCCAUUAUAUUAUAUUCUAUGAAGCUGUCUGAUAUUGAAUAGACCGUGUGCACUUUUAAGUACAGUACCACUACUGAGUAAUGCUUGUGAUGAGCAGUAUUUGACAUGUGUCUCAUAAGAAAUGCGAGGCAUCCUUCUUUUUAGUCUUGAACCACUUUAUUUAACAGCCCCCUCCCCCUCUCAUCGACUUACGUGUAUGCACUCUGGAAAUGUAAAUGUAUGUAUGACAUAAAGGAUAAAAACAUGACGUUGAUAAAAAAAAAAAAAUAUAUAGUGUAAAGAUAAUUUGCCUGUAAUUAAAAUAAAUGUGGCUAUUAUUGUA